UCUAUAUUCGAGGUAGUCCCGGCACUCCCAAUCACUCGGGAAAAGUUCGUGAAUUCCCUGACCAACAUGUGAAGGAGAAGGAGGAAUCGGAUUUGUUAGUGGUUUGGGCACUUGGUACAUAUCCUGUUGGAUGUGAGGAUUGUGAUAUAGAAUUAGUUCUAUUUGUACUUGCUAGUUUGAAAGAUAGAGAUCCUGAAGUUCAAGUUAUUUUUGUAAAGGAUAAUUUUUUUUCUGUUGGUGGUAAAAUUGUACUGGGAGACUAUUGUGGAAGUAAAAGAGUGAAAAUAACAGUUUCAACAUCUAUGCAUGUUAUAAUUCUUAACAAAGUUCCUGAAUCAAAUAAAUAUCCUUUGAAGGUUUCUUUGGUUGAAGUUCCUCAGGAGAUGCCAAACGAAGUUAAAGAUGAUAUUAUUGUUAAAAUAUCGGUGUCUGAUUAUGUUAGACAGGAGUGCCAUUUUAUUGUAAGAGUUGUUUUUCCAUGUCACAACUCAUGUUUUUCACACUUAAAAGAUACCAUUCAUUUCCAAGAAUCAUUAGCUUUUGUGGUUGGGCAAAUGGAGAUUAUUGACAAUAAGUUUUACAUGUAUGCUAAAGAUAUUAAUUAUAUCAAUACUCAUUUUAUUAAAAAAAAAAGUUAUGAAGAUAAUUUGUCUCAAAGUUCUUUAGCAUCUCAAAAUAAUGUUCGGUCUAAACUUAUGAUCACUCAUCAAAAUAUUGCUGAAAAUUUGGAAAAUAAAUUAGGACGUGAUAAUUUACUUUCAAUUAGCUCAAGUGGUGUUGUGAAUAAACCUGAAUUGGAUUGUUUUUACCUAUUGGAACAUGUGUGA